UCCCCCCAGCGGCGUGGGCCGCGGGACCGCGGAGUACCCGGACCGCUUCCAGGUGGUGCUCCGCCGCUGCGAGCGGCCAUUGGGCGGCCGCGAGGGACGCUUCCGGUGCCCGGGUGCUGGCCUCGGCUUCUGCAGGAUGAAGAUGGAUCCCCGCCUCGCCGUCCGCGCCUGGUCCCUCUGCGGGCUGCUGCUGGCCUCGCUCGGCUGCGUCUGCGCCAGCGGCCCCCGCACCCUCGUGCUGCUGGACAACCUGAACGUGCGGGACACGCACUCGCUGUUCUUCCGCAGCCUGAAGGACCGGGGCUUUGAGCUCACCUUCAAGACCGCAGAUGACCCCAGCUUGUCCCUCAUUAAGUACGGGGAGUUCCUCUAUGACAACCUUAUCAUCUUUUCCCCGUCGGUGGAAGAUUUUGGGGGCAACAUCAACGUGGAGACCAUCAGUGCCUUCAUUGACGGUGGCGGCAGCGUUUUGGUGGCUGCCAGCUCUGAUAUCGGUGACCCUCUUCGGGAGCUGGGCAGUGAGUGUGGGAUUGAAUUUGAUGAAGAAAAAACAGCUGUCAUCGACCACCACAACUAUGAUGUCUCAGACCUUGGCCAGCAUACACUCAUUGUGGCUGACACUGAGAACUUGCUGAAGGCCCCAACCAUUGUUGGCAAGUCAUCUCUGAACCCCAUUCUCUUCCGAGGAGUUGGAAUGGUGGCAGACCCUGACAACCCCUUGGUUUUGGACAUCCUAACAGGCUCUUCAACCUCUUACUCCUUCUUCCCAGAUAAGCCCAUCACCCAGUACCCCCAUGCGGUGGGGAGGAACACUCUGCUGAUCGCCGGGCUCCAGGCCAGGAACAACGCCCGGGUCAUCUUCAGUGGCUCUCUGGAUUUCUUCAGCGAUGCUUUCUUCAACUCAGCAGUGCAGAAGGCCACACCCGGUGCGCAGAGGUAUUCUCAGACAGGCAACUAUGAACUAGCUGUGGCCCUCUCUCGCUGGGUGUUCAAGGAGGAGGGUGUCCUUCGAGUGGGGCCUGUGUCCCAUCACCGGGUGGGCGAGAUGGCUCCACCCAAUGCCUACACUGUCACCGACUUGGUGGAGUAUAGCAUCGUGAUAGAACAGCUCUCCAAUGGCAAAUGGGUCCCCUUUGAUGGUGAUGACAUCCAGCUGGAGUUCGUGCGUAUCGACCCCUUCGUGAGGACCUUCCUAAAGAGGAAAGGUGGCAGGUACAGUGUCCAGUUCAAGCUGCCUGACGUGUAUGGUGUGUUCCAGUUUAAAGUGGAUCACAACCGGCUAGGCUACACCCACCUGUACUCUUCCACCCAGGUGUCAGUGAGGCCACUCCAGCACACGCAGUAUGAGCGCUUCAUCCCCUCGGCCUACCCCUACUAUGCCAGUGCCUUCUCCAUGAUGGCCGGGCUCUUCAUCUUCAGCAUCGUCUUCUUGCACAUGAAGGAGAAGGAGAAGUCUGACUGAGCCAGAACCUGGGAUCCACAUAGCACGGCCAAGGCCAUCACGAAUGGAUAGGUCGGGUUCUGUUUUGUUUUGUAAAGGCCAUGGGAAAAUGGCGCAGCCUUACCUCAGAGGGCGAGGACUAUGGGGUGGGGGGCAGGGAACAUUUUUUUUUCUAUAAGUUUUCCAAGUUUGAAUCACUCUGUGGCAAUUUUCGUAUGUGCAGCCGCCCCCAUUUCUAAAAUAAAGAGAACCACUGCCCUCACCUGUCACCUGACCCCAUGACACGGACGAUGGCAGGGCUGCUGCCUAGGGACACCGUGCCAGAGCCUCCGUGCCUCUCAGCUCUCCUCAGGGUGGUGGGGAUCACACAGUGGAAACUAGACUGACAGAUGGCCUAAGAAUUGCUGCUGAAGAGACCCGAGAGGGACUGGAAAGGUGACUAGGCUAAGAGCGCUGCAGAGGACCCAGGUUCAAGUCCCAGCACCCACAUGGCAGCUCACACCGUCUGUAAUGCUAGUCUGAAGAGGUCCGAUGCCCUUUUGUGGCCUCCCAGUGACCAGGCAUUCAAGUGAUACAUCGUCUGUGCAGACAAAACACGAUAUGCAUAAAAUAAAAUAAAAAAAACCCGUGUCACUGUUCACUGGC